UUGGCUGCCUUCUAAGCCCAAAGUCACUUCCGCCAUUUUGACAACAAAGCUGCAGACUGGAGCCCAUCAAUCACCCAGCGAGAUUGCAGGCACAGACGGGCUUUCUCCACAUUUUCCACCCUUCCUGCUUCACCAGGCAGGCGUGUGAUAUUCCAGCAAAAAUCGGAGAGAUUGAUACUGACGAGAAGAACACUUGCUGACCAUCAUGAAUGACCGACAAACGUCGCCCAAUCAUGCCAGUGUGCCGACCACCCAGCAGCCUCCUGCUGCACACCAGUCUCACAGCGCCCCCUCUCUGGCCUCCCAGGUACAGCAGGUUCCAGCGGCUCUCUUUCCAGACAGACAGGUGCAGGUGAUCCAGCAGGCCCUCCACCGCGGCCAGCCUGUGACCAGCGUGAGCGCUGCGCAGUACUCGGCCCUGCAGCAGAUGUACAUGCAGCAGCAGCUCCUGCUGCAGAACAUGGCGGCACAGCAGCAGGCACUGGGCUCGUCUGCAGUCGGACAGCACGGCCUCUCACUUACACAGGCAAACCGCCAGGUCCUGUCCACCCAGUCUGGUACAGUGACAUCUCAGGCACAGCUCCUCACCACGCCAGCCGCACUGCAGCUGCUGGGGCCCCGCAUGGCUGCAGCUGCCGGGGCAGGGGGCCUGAGUCUGUCACAGCCGCUACAGCUGGUGGGACAGGCGGGACAGCCGCUGUACACCACCUGCACACCGCAGCAGCUGCACAGCGUGCUGUUACAGGCACAGCAGGCACAGAGCGCAGCAGCUUCACAACAGGCCCAGGCAGCGACUGCCCAGCUGCAGAAGCAGGCGGCAGCCUCCAUGGCGCAGCAGCAGGCUGGUGCACAGCUGGCUCUCGGGCCGGCAACUACAUCUGGUUCAACCGGCUCUUCCUCAACACCCCCUGCUCUCCUCUCUCAGAUAUCCCGUGGCCAGGGCUCUGUGCAAGCCCUUCCUCUCAGGGGUCCCCCUGUCCCGCCCUCCUCCGCCAACCAAUCAAAACCCUCCCAGUCCAAACAGCUGGACCAAUCAGAGAAGAGGGUUUCCACCUCUCCAAAGAAGACAGACUCCUCUACAGUUGAUAAGACAAAGAGCCAAUCCUCCCACCCCGUGCCACAGGCCAUUGCUAUUGGUCAGCCAUCUUCAGCAAAGGCUGUGCCUGUGCAGUAUUCCCCAACAAAGCAGACUGCCCCCGAACCUCCAGUCUCCAAACUGGAGGCCCACUCCAGUCUACACCUCCUGGCCUCUCAUGCUCACCAUGCCAGUUCUCGGUCCCCAACACAUGACAGGGGCAUCUCGGCAAUGUCUCCUCCAUUCAGACACUCUGUGCAGUGGCCAAAUGGUAAUAGGAAGGGUUCCGAUGGUCUCCCUUCUCUUCCAAAGCCUGCAGCCGAUCAGCAGAAAACAACCCUGUGUAGACCCCCUGCCCCCAAGCCGGAGGGCUACCACCCCUAUAUGGGCUCUCGUGGUCAGGACACUACCUCUCCUACCACGCCCACCACUGUCCCAUCUCCGACUUUCCUCCAGCAUAGUCAGCGACCACACUCCAGGCCGACCCAGCCUGUGCAGGCUGUACCAGCCCAGCAAACAUCGCCUAAGCCAACCGCUCCCUCCCCUCCCAUCACUAAAAUGGAGGCCCAACACAUACCGCACCACGUGCCCGUGCCGGUGGUUCCGCGGCCCCCAUUACACAACCGGCCGGCGACCACGCCUCCGUCUCCAACCUUUCAACAAAGGCUGCCCACCUCCCCAACGGUCCAGUCGAUGGGGAUCCCGAUGGGGGCCUCCAGUCUGGGCAGCCCACCGCCCCCAGAGGCAAAAACCGGACAUGUCCACCACGUCCACCCCCAUGUGCAGCCUCCGGUGCAGCCGCCACCGCCCCAGCCGGUGCAGGCACACAACCCGCAGGGUCACGCCGUCCAGGCGGCGCACGUCCCGCCAACACACAUCCAGGCGGCACAUGUCCAGCCAACUCAUGUCCAGCCACUGUCCCAGCCGCUCCCCCUAGCUCUGGCCACACACAAGCCAGUACAGACUGCCCCUCCCCUGCCCCAGCAGCCUCCGCUGGGACCUUCACCAGUCGCACAGCCCUCGGCCGUGCCACAGUCUGCCAGCCAACCGCGACCCUCUGCUCUCAGCGUGCUGCCCACGUCGCAGCCCAGUCAGCGGCAGAUCCCCACCCCCGGGCCACAGUCCCGGCUGACUCCGCCCCCUGCCCAGCCCCAGCGCCCGCAGUCACUCCCGCCACCCGUCUCCACAUCAGCUGUGGUCAGUCAGCAGGCUCCGCCCCGCGUGCCAUCGCCAAAACAAAACGGAGUUACAGAGACACAGACAGCGCCCCAGGAGAAACCCGCCGAUCCAAUGAAGUCCCCGGAGCCCCCAAAAGAAGACCCUCCGGCCAGUCGUAGCAGUGACUUACCACUGGCACUCAACAAACCACAACCAGAGAAGCAACAGCCACAGCGGGCAGUCGUCAAGCCACAGAUCCUCACUCACCUCAUAGAUGGCUUCAUUAUACAGGAGGGGCCUCAGCCAUUCCCUAUCAAGCACAACUCCAUCCUUGUGGAGUCCAGACGUCCCCACAUCAGCCUAGCAAAGGACCAGUUGUCCCCUGAGGCAGGGCCCAGCAGUGAGAAUGGCAGCACGCUGCUCAUACAGUCCCCAGAUGGCAAGCAACCUUCCAAGAAGCCCAAGAAGCUACAGGAUAAAACUCUGUUAAAGUGUGAGUUCUGUGGCAAGGUGGAUUACCAGUUCAAGUUCCGUGGAUCCAAAAGGUGGUUAAUUUUCUAUACAAAAAGGUUUUGUUCCAUGGCUUGUGCCAAGCGCUACAACGUUGGCUGCACCAAGCGCCUCGGCCUGUUCACGCCAAAACAGCCCAGCAGAUACAUCUCCAAGAAGAAACGGGAGCGGAAAUCGUCUUCACGGAAAUCCCAGUCAGGCAGUGAAGUGUCGCCGUCAAGACUUUACAGCACUUCCAUGUCUCCUGAACCUGAGGAGGUGCAGAUGUCGGAGCCGAUGGACUUCAGCCCUCCCCACGAGCAGCUGUCCCCCCGCGCCACCCUGUCCUCGCCCUCCAGGAUCGUGAACCGGCACAACAGCUUUGGCAGCACGGACACGGAGCUGGACCUGGGGCCCGCCAACCCCAACCCUGCCAGGUGGAGCGUGGAAGAAGUUUGGGAGUUUAUCCGCAGCCUGCCAGGCUGUAGUGACUUUGCGGAUGAGUUCCGUUCACAGGAGAUUGAUGGACAGGCACUGAUGCUGCUCAAGGAGGAUCACCUGAUGAGUGCCAUGAACAUGAAGCUGGGCCCCGCCCUCAAGAUAUGUGCCAGGAUCAACUCCUUAAAGCAGGAUUCCUGAGGAUAUCUGUAUCUCUUAGACUUUGUACAGGAGGAGAACUGGUGCAAUGACUUAUGAAGUCCUGUAGUACAAUAGAAGAAAAUGUGAAAUGUCAUUGCUUUCUCUUGCACUUCCGUUUUCCCAUC